AUGCAGAGAGGUGUACAGUUGUUCCUACAGUGGGCUAUGAUGCAAGGAGUUGCAAUGCUUUUGCAAAAUAGAUAUCAACGACAGAGACUUUAUACUCGUAUUGCAUUGGGAAAGGCUAAGAGGAUGGAUGUUGCAUGGGGGGAAACGGCUGGUGUGGAUGGCCAACUGUGGUUGCUGUGUCCCAUACUUUUCAUAUUGCAGAGAUUUGAGGCAUAUGUUGGACUAUUGUUGCUCUAUACUGCAUUUGCUGGAGAGAUUUCUGAAUGGCAGGUAAUAUUUUGCGGUCUUCUGUUGGUCGUAAUGGCUAUUGGAAACUUUGAAAAUACAGUGGAGACUCUUUUGGUAAAGUCAAGAUUUAAGGCAAAGAUGAGAAGAACCAAGAGCAAGCAGAGACUGGAUUGA